GCUCAUGAGCUCCAUAUGCUAGUCACGACAUUGUGGUUGUAAAUACGGAUCCCACUUCACAGCACCACCUACCAACAACAAUGGCCGGCGGAGACACCAGCGCCGUCGCCGUCGCCGGUGAGUCCAUCGAGACGGCUCUCCGGGCAGUUCACGACGUGGUGCGGAUCUCCGGCUCGGGCUUCUCGGGCGCUUUCAAGAGAGACUGCACGGAUUUAGCUCGCAGGGUCUCACUUCUUGCUCAUUUGCUUGAGGAGAUUAGGGAUUUCAAGGCCCAUUUGGUUGUGGGCUCUUCUUCUUCUAGUUCGUCUUCGUCUUCGUCUUCCGGGUCUUGCUUGUCUGAUCUCUCGCUAGCACUCCAGGCUGCUAAAAGGGUUCUCCUCACGGCUAACGACAUUGAUUCCAAGAUCUCAUCUGAUGGGGCGAUGAAGAAAAUCCAUUUUCAAUUUCAAUGUGUGACUUGGAAAUUGGAGAAGGCCCUGGGGAACUUUCCAUAUGAUCAUUUAGACAUAUCUGAGGAAGUAACGGAACAGGUUCACUUGCUCAGAGCACAGUUAAGAAGAGCCACAGAAAGAUACGGUGGGCCUAUAAAUUCGAAUAUAUUAGCUCGCACUCUAUCCCAGCCCUUGGAUAAGGAAAUAGAUCCCCUUCACCUUCAGCCAAGCAACAGGGCAAUCGGAAGUUUGCACAUAGAAAAUAUUGGCAAUAUCGAUCAUGAAGUUAGGGCAAAGACGGGGGGAAUUGCAGUCCCGUUAGUUAAUGGCACGAAUGACUGUGGUUCUAGUAGGACGAUUGUCGAAUCAGAAAGCGCGAUGAAUUCGCCAUCAUCGCCCGAGGAUUGUGUCCCGGGGAUUUCUGGUUCUGUGCACGAAGAUGAGCCAACCGAUGAAACUCAACCUGAAGAGAACAAGAAGCCCAAGUCUCCCGUGAUUCCCAAUGAUUUCCUUUGCCCCAUUUCCUUGGAGCUUAUGAGGGACCCUGUUAUUGUUGCAACCGGGCAGACUUAUGAGAGGUCUUACAUACAGAGAUGGAUAGACUGUGGCAACACAACGUGCCCUAAAACUCAGCAAAAGCUUGAACAUCUUACUCUUACACCGAAUUAUGUUUUACGGAGUCUAAUAAGUCAGUGGUGUGGGAAACACAAUAUACAGCAGCCAACAGCGUUAAUUAAUGGAAGGAUAAAGAAGGGCGAUGGGUCAUUUCGAGAAGUAAGUGGUAACGUUGCCGCCAUUGAGGCGCUUGUCCGCAGGCUGUCAAGUAGGUUGGUUGAAGAACGCAGGGCUGCAGUGUCCGAGAUUCGAUCUCUGUCGAAAAGAAGCACGGACAAUCGGAUUUUGAUUGCUGAAGCUGGAGCUAUCCCGGUAUUGGUUAACUUGCUGACGUCCGAAGAUGGGCCGAUUCAAGAGAAUGCCGUGACGUCAAUUCUUAACCUCUCCAUAUAUGAUAACAAUAAAGGGCUAAUCAUGCUGGCUGGCGCGAUUCCCUCGAUUGUUCAAGUUCUCCGAGCUGGAAGCAUGGAAGCGAGAGAAAAUGCGGCCGCAACCAUCUUUAGUUUGUCGCUUGGAGACGAAAACAAGAUCAUAAUCGGGGCAUCGGGGGCCAUACCAGCUCUCGUAGAGCUGCUCCAGAACGGAAGCACGAGAGGGAAGAAAGACGCUGCGACCGCGUUGUUCAAUUUGUGCAUUUAUCAGGGGAACAAAGGCAGGGCUGUAAGGUCGGGAAUCAUUCCCGCACUGUUAACAAUGCUGACCGACCCUAGCAGUGGCAUGGUCGACGAAGCUCUCACCAUUCUCUCGGUUCUCGCCAGCCACCAAGAGGCCAAGGCCGCCAUAGCAAAAGCCAACACGAUCCCCGUGUUGAUAGAUCUUCUCCGAAUUGGCCUCCCCCGCAACAAAGAAAACGCAGCCGCCAUUUUACUUUCCCUCUGCAAACGAGACUCCGAAAACCUCGCGUGUCUCAGUAGGCUCGGGGCAGUCAUACCUCUAACCGAGCUUUCCAAAAGCGGCACAGAGAGGGCCAAGCGGAAAGCCACAUCGUUGUUGGAACACCUCCGGAAAGCACAGCAGCUCUAGCACAGGUGCGGGUAGCAGUAAAAAAAACCUUAAUUCUUUCUUUCUUUCUUUAAUACAUAUCUCUAAUAGUCAUAUCGUAUUACUAUUACACGAUCAUUCUCAUUUAGGGUGUAACAAACAACACAAAGCAUGAGAAACAAAAAAAGGGCGUUCUCAUUGCUUCCGGUGUAUCUAUUCUCUAUUUACUCGUUCUUUUGGUGUGUGCUAAAUACUCGUUUUCGUAACUCAUUGCUGAGCCGGUUUCUAUCAUGGCAAGAUGACAAUGCAUUAUGUAACAGUCGAGAUAUAUUCUUGUAAGUUUUAGAGAUUAAUGUAACUUCUAUUUUUUUUAUUUUUUUUCGUUC